GAGGGAGAGAGGGAGAGAAGGAAACGUUGUUCCUUCGGUUAUUGAAUUGAUAGAUCGCCAAAAACAAAACAUCCAAGAGCCAUAAGUGUAGUAGCCAUGGUUCUGAUGAAUAAUCUUCUGAUCAUACUUGUUUGUCUUUUUACCUUAGCUUCAGUAUCCACUGCGCUUCCACCACCACCACUAGUCCUGCCUAAUUGCUCAGAGAAAUGCGGAAAUGUUAUUAUUCCCUACCCAUUUGGCAUGAAAGAAGGAUGCUUCAGAAAUCCUGAUUAUAAUAUUACAUGCGAGAACGGCAUCACCAUCUUCAACUCCUAUGCCAAGAGUUCGGAUUAUUUUAACCGUCAAGUUCGUGAGAUCUCAUUAUCGGAAGCCGAUCUGGUAGUGGAGGGUGAAAAUUAUGCUUUUGAAUGCUUCGAUGAUAACGGAGAGACAAUAAAGCGGCAAAGGUACAGUUAUUAUCUUGGACAAUAUACGCCGUUCACGAUCUCAGCCACUCGCAACAAGCUCAUAGCCAUUGGAUGCGACACCUUUGCGUACUUAGAUUCAAAUUAUUUCGGAGCAAUUAAUUUUACAAGUGGAUGCAUAUCUCUGUGUGGUAGCGUGCGUAGUGUGGGAAAUGGGUCUUGCGAUGGAACUGGUUGUUGCCAGGCCUCAAUUCCUUCACGUGUCAAAGGUUUCUACCUCAAUCUUGAUAGCAAAUAUAAUCACACUAGGGAUAACAACGCCAAUCCAUGCGGCUUCGCUUUCGUGGGCGAUCCAAGUGGUUUCACUUUUGAUAAAUCAGAUCUUUCUGCUUUGAGCUACAAAAGAUCAAAGAUUCCAAUGGUGUUGGAUUGGGCAAUUGGGAAUCAGACAUGUGAAGAAGCACUUCAAAAUAAAACAUCUUAUGCUUGUGGUCCAAAUAGCUAUUGCUUUAAUUCAACAAAUGUCGCUGGCUACCUGUGCAAGUGCAAGGACGGUUUUGAAGGCAACCCUUAUCUCCCCAAAAUUGGAUGCCGAGACAUUGACGAGUGUGAGAACGUAGGCAAGAAUCAAUGCCACCUAAGUGGUAGUUGCAUUAACACCAUGGGAAGUUAUAAUUGCUCCUGUCCAAAAGGCUACAGUGGGGAUGGCUGGGUAAAUGGGAGUGGCUGUGCUAGAAUGCCGUAUACUUACAUAACCAUUAUUACAGGUGCAAGCGCAGGCUUUCUAGUUCUGCCUAUCUUUAUUUUGUUUUCGUUUUGGGCAUAUAAGGGAAUACGGAGAAAAAUAAAUUUUGAAAAUAAUGGAGGUAUUCUAAUGAGGCAACAAAUAAAUUUGAAUCAUGGGGACAAAAAAGGUUUCAAGCUUUUCACCAUAAAAGAGCUACAGAAGGCAACCAAUAACUUCCGUGAAAAAAUCAGAGAAGGAGAGUUUGAUGAAGUUUUCAGGGGAGAGUUACCAUCUGGUAAAGGAGAAGUUGCUAUUAGGAGACCCAAAAAGAUGUAUAAAGGCCAUAUUAUACGGUUUAUAGAUGAGGUUGAUAUUCUGUCUCAAACUAAUCAAGACAAUGUAGUAAAGCUCGCCGGUUGCUGCCUAGAUUUUAAGGAUCCAAUCUUAGUUUAUGAGUGUUUUUCCAGGAGGACCCUCUUCGACUAUAUCCAUGGGAAGAAUCAUGCAAAACCUCUUUCAUGGGAAGACCGUAUACGAAUUGCGACAGAAACGGCCAAAGGACUAGACUAUUUGCACUCUUUUCAUCAUUCAUUAUCUAUCUUUCACAUGAAUGUCAAGUCUUCUACUAUACUUAUAGAUGAUGAAAAGAAGGCUAAAGUAUCUGAUUUUGGAGCCUCAGGAUUUUUUCCAGUUGGACUAGAUGAAACUAAAAAAAAGGCAUCAAAUAGUGGGUACUUAGACCCAGAAUAUUGUGAUACAGGUUGUGAACUAAAUGAUAAAAGUGAUGUUUAUAGUUUUGGAGUUGUUCUAGCAGAGCUUUUGACUGGAGAAAAGAGAAUAAUUUCAUCAAAGGAAAAACUGGAAAUGUAUUUUAUAUCACCAGUGAAAGAUGGGAGACUUUUUGAUAAAAUCCGAAUUCAAAACGAUGGGAAGGAAGAACAGUUCAGGAAAAUUGUUGUGCUUGCAAUGAACUGCCUACAGGAUAAAAGGGAAGAUAGGCCAACAAUGAAGCAAGUUCUGAAGGAGCUUGAUUCUUUUAAAAAGCUUAGCUUUUUUGAGAAACCUUCAUUCCAACACAAUCAGAAGACUGAACAUCAUCGAGGUGAACCAUCCACAAGUUCUAACAUUGAUGCAGGGUUUGAAAUAGAUGAUGGUUGUUGAUUGUUUAACUGCUGAUGAUCUUUGCAAAAAUUACAAGGUGAGAGGGAAGAAGGUUGCUUCUCAACCGAUUGCAUUGAUGGAAGUGCUGAGGCAUGCUUAGUGAGUUAAGCACUUCAAGGUUAUCAUAUAUUUUGGAUGCUGGAGUAGUUGUGGUGCCUGUUUCUUAGUUUGUGGGAGUUUAGGAAUGUUGACUUAGGUUUUCUAUAAUAGUUGGUUUCUUUUGAAUCUAUCUUUAUUUUAUGGUGGUAUCUACUACAAAUUUAGUGUGGUCGACGGAUGUGCUUCAGUUUUUGUCUGAUGAUGCGAUGGGUAAGUUGCGAUUCAGAUUCUGUUAGUGGUUUGGUUAUUUUCUUAGCGUCUUGAAUCAUUUCCUAUUGAUGACAAUGCCGUAGGCGGGUGAUGGUUCUAGGAUUUGUGAUUGUUUCCAUGUAUUUUCUUUGAGUGUGGUUCCUUGUACAGUUUUUUCUCAUCUUUUUAAUAUACAUGACCUUUUAGUGAAAAAAAAUAAAUCCAUGUGUGAGAAUUAAUGUCAA